GAUGUGAGGGAAUUCUCUUAAUUGUUUUCUGGCUUGAAAACAGGCUCCCACUGCUCCACAGUGUGAAGCACUGAGCUUGUUCAGAAGAGAAAAUGCAGAUCUGCUUAAGUGGUCCAGUAUGUCCACAUUGCCAACCCACACGACAACUGAGGCUGGUAGGAAGCUUUGUAAACUAUCCGUGAACGUGGCAUGGGUCAUGCAGAAAGGGAUGAGGCCGGGGUGCAGGUGGUGAGCUCCUGGUUCAGAGAGUCACUCAUGAGCAGCGCUUCACCGGACAUCAGCAGCAGCAUUGUUCCCUGGCUUAUCUGUCUGUAAAAGAUCCGCUCGCCCGUUUGCAGCCUGCAGACCCCAGCGCUUUUUCCUUCUUUCCUAGCCUACUGCUGGAGCCCCUAGGCCACGCUGCCUCGUGUCAUGGAGUCAACGGUCCCUUUAGAAGCCAAGUGGUAGCUCAUGCCGGGUCUCAUCAGAUCCAUCGCUCUCGUCUGACGUCAGGGCACUGCUGAGCAGGGACAACCCGUUCUGAACUGGCCCACUGCCACCUACUCGAGACACCAUCACCUUGCACAGCGGACAGGGCUCCAAGAUCACAAGGAGCAGCAGUCCCAUCUUUUCCCUGCCUUGUCCCCUGGGUCCUCCCAUGGCUGCAGAGCCAGGAGCUCCUACCCCCUGCUACCUGCACCCAGGAGGGGCGAAGCGAGUGCUCACAAUUAGAGCAGGGGCAUGACCUAACUACUGAUGGAGAGAAGCUCAGCAGUGUAUUGAAAAGAUAAACCAGCUCAAGCAGAGCAGGAAAACCCUCAGGCUUGCAGCUAGGGAGGGGAAUAAAGGUGAGGAAGCACUGUUUGCUCUCUGCCACUAAACCAGGUCUGGGAAAGGAGCUCUUGAACCCAGGUAGGGAUGCUAAUAAUUAUAAACCACCUUCUUGCAGGCACCUCUCAUCCAGCAGUGUCCACGCUUGCGAAUGACCACACCGAGGGUGUCCUAGGGAUGUUGCAGCUUUGUGAAAAGCUCAGCUGAGGGGUGUGGAAGGAGAAGGCCCGUUAACUCAUGGGGUCUUCUUUCUUGUCAAGGGCACAGUGGCAUCCUACUCCCAUUACUGGAAAGCAUCAACGGGCAUUGCCUUUGUUGUACGCCCGAGAGUCUUCCCCGCUGACAGCGAGAUGAGGAAUCGCACAUCACGCGGGAUGAUGCAAAUAGAAGAGGGCAUUGCAGGCUUCUCUCCUGCUCGGGAAAGAUGUUUAUUCAUCUUUUUUCCUCCCCCAGACUCUAGUACAUGAUACAACUGCUAUUUAAAAGCGCAUAGAAGGCUGCAUUCGUGGCUGAGCAGGCACAGCAUGGUGGGUUUCUAUUUUUAGGCUCAGCACGGCUGGCGACGUGUAGGUGUCGUGAGGAGCAGAGAGGCUGAGGGGAUUCUCUCGCCGCAGGGAUGCGGGGGCAGGCGCACGAGUGCAGCACACGGGCUUUUUUUUUCGUCAAGCUGCCUUUUUCUCCAGCUCCCUCCCCCUUCUUCCUCCUGCUGCUCAGUCACUCUCUCUUCACUCCCCCGCCUUUUCUUCAGGUGCUGAUGGCAGGGAGACAGUCAAACGUGUUUUGAAACACCAUGAGCAGCCUAGGUGCAGGCAGCAUGGAAAGAGAAAAACCUCUUCACACAAAUAAAUGCCUUUAUGCCUUGAUGAGGCAAUUUUUUGUUUUCUAUGAGCUGACCAGGUCUAUUUAUACUCUAGCUCCGUGCCUGGGCUGUCCCAGUGUGUGGAAGAGCUCAGUGGCAUAUAUGUGUGUGUGCAGACUGAGUUCUGUGUCGGGUCCCAACAUCUCUGGUCUUUGCUCUCUGUCUCUCCUGACAGCCUUGUCAAAGCAAAACUGCCUGAAGUUCAAAGUUACCUCUUGAAGGACAGCCAGGGUCUCAGCCAGGGCUGCUUCCAGGGAGAUCUAGGAGCUCUGCUCUGCCCGGACUGCCUGCUAGGCUAGCGCAGGAUGGGAUCUGCGGUGCUGGAACGGGACAGGUUGGUGCAGCCUUGAGGCUGUGGUGAGGUUGGAUGUGCCUGGGUAGAGGACGCUAGAGGGAAUUGGAGAUCUGGAUGAUAAAGUGAGUGUUCCCUAACCAACCACCUGGGAAUCCCCAGCCUCUCUGAAAAGAGGCCUGAAAUAAAACGGCAGGAAGAGUCGAACCCCUGGUCUGUACCAGGGCUGUGGAGCUCUGUGCUGCAAUUGCCUUUGCCCUCUGCCUUAUCCUCCUGAAUUGUGUGGGCACGGGAAAGACAGCAGCUCUCUUAACUUUUGUAGAGCUAAAGAGCUUAACUUUUGAAGGCAGGUGCAUUCGUUACAAAUCUCCUAGCAUCUUCUGGAAGCUGGAAGGGAACAGCCACCACUCAAAGAGCUGUGGCCUAUAAGGUCACUCUUGCCUUUUAGGAUGUGGGCAAGAGUGAUGUUACGAGAUUCCCUGGUUAUUUUUUGUUUAGGCUAAGCAGGAUUGAAAUGUUCCCUGUCUCUAGUGGUAUAUUUAAGCUGUGUUUGAUCAGUGCAGGACUGGCACGCUCUGGUGAGACUUCUGAGAUCAAUGCUUCUGCUGAUAUUUCAUGGAAAUGCACCUUGUUAGGCAGAUUUGGAGAUGGUGCAACUUCCAGGUAACCCAAUGUGAGUGCAUGUGUUGUAGAACAGUGCCCUUCUGAGGGAAGGUAAGGAGGACAUCGAUCCAAAGAUGAACACGGCUGGGAAGCAGUGAGUGUCACAGAACAGAGAAGAGUCUCAGCGUGGCUUUGUAUUACUUCCGUUCCUCCAGGGACUGUCUCCUCCCUGUUGCUGCUUUAUGAGCAGGAUGAUGUUUCCCUGGCAGGGGCUGGUUAGGCAGGAGCUGUUCUUGUGCAGGGUCUUUGAGCGGUGGUGGACAUACUUGGGGACCAUGGGAAUUGUCUGGGGCUAGAGCUCUUCCUGCCUGGGUAAUACUUUGAUUUUCCCCCAUCUCAGUGCUGGUGAGAAGGCAAAGCCCAGCAUCUACCACCUGCAGCCAUGGAAGGGGGUGUGCAGCUCCUCAACCGCGACGGCCACAGCAUCUCCCACAACUCCAAGCGACACUACCACGACGCCUUCGUGUGCAUGAACCGCAUGCGUCAGCGUGGGCUGCUCUGCGACAUCGUGCUCCACGUGGGCACCAAGGAGAUCAAGGCUCACAAAGUGGUGCUGGCCUCGUGCAGCCCGUACUUCCACGCCAUGUUCACAAAUGAGAUGAGUGAGAGCCGCCAGACCCACGUGACGCUGCACGACAUUGACCCGCAGGCCCUGGAGCAGCUGGUGCAAUACGCUUACACGGCUGAGAUUGUGGUGGGCGAGGGGAAUGUGCAGACACUUCUUCCUGCUGCCAGCCUGCUUCAGCUCAAUGGUGUGCGGGAUGCUUGCUGCAAAUUCCUCCUCAGCCAGCUCGACCCAUCCAACUGCCUGGGGAUCCGGGGUUUUGCUGACACACACUCCUGCAGCGACCUCCUCAAGUCUGCACACAAGUAUGUCCUCCAACACUUCGUGGAGGUGUCCAAGACAGAGGAGUUCAUGUUGCUGCCUCUUAAGCAGGUGCUGGACCUCAUUUCUAGUGACAGCCUCAAUGUGCCAUCAGAGGAGGAGGUGUACCGGGCUGUGCUCAGCUGGGUCAAACAUGAUGUGGACAGCAGAAGGCAGCACGUCCCCAGGCUUAUGAAGUGCGUGCGGCUGCCCCUGCUGAGCCGGGACUUCCUCAUGAGCAACGUGGACACGGAGCUGCUGGUGCGGCAUCACUCGGAGUGCAAGGACCUGCUGAUCGAAGCCCUCAAGUACCACCUCAUGCCGGAGCAGAGAGGGGUCCUCAGCAACAGCAGGACGAGGCCGCGGCGCUGCGAGGGGGCCAGCACCGUGCUCUUUGCUGUGGGUAAGGCCCUGCCACACGCUCGCGCACAUGCCAAGCCCUUCCCAGGGCCUUUGCACUGGUGUUUGCUCUCCUUUGCCAUCCCCUGCGCAGGUGGGGGAAGCCUGUUCGCCAUCCAUGGGGACUGCGAGGCCUACGACACGCGGACGGACCGGUGGCACAUGGUGGCCUCCAUGUCGACGCGCAGGGCCAGGGUGGGCGUUGCUGCCAUCGGGAACAAGCUGUAUGCUGUGGGCGGCUAUGAUGGGACCUCUGAUUUGGCCACAGUGGAGUCCUAUGAUCCUGUCACUAAUUCUUGGCAACCUGAGGUGUCCAUGGGCACCAGGAGGAGCUGCCUGGGUGUAGCAGCACUUCAUGGGCUUCUCUAUGCUGCUGGGGGGUACGAUGGGGCCUCGUGCCUGAACAGCGCAGAGCGGUACGACCCUCUGACAGGCACCUGGACAUCCAUCGCUGCCAUGAGCACCAGGAGACGCUACGUCCGGGUGGCAACGCUAGAAGGCAACCUCUAUGCUGUUGGGGGAUAUGACAGCUCAUCCCACUUAGCCACAGUAGAAAAGUAUGAGCCCCAGAUCAACACCUGGACGCCCAUUGCCAAUAUGCUGAGCCGCCGGAGCAGUGCAGGAGUGGCUGUGCUGGAGGGGAUGCUCUACGUGGCGGGUGGCAAUGAUGGGACCAGCUGCCUUAACUCCGUUGAGCGCUACAACCCCAAAACCAAUACGUGGGAGAGCGUGGCGCCCAUGAACAUCCGUAGGAGCACCCACGACCUGGUGGCCAUGGAUGGGUGGUUAUACGCGGUGGGCGGCAACGAUGGGAGCUCCAGCCUCAACUCCAUCGAGAAGUACAACCCCCGCACCAACAAGUGGGUAGCAGCCUCGUGCAUGUUCACGCGCCGGAGCAGCGUGGGGGUGGCUGUGCUGGAACUCCUCAACUUCCCACCCCCCUCCUCGCCCACUUUGUCGGUGUCUUCGACGAGCCUUUGACAAAGAAUCAGGACCUACCUUACCUCAAGGGGACAGGGGUGCUUGGCAGAGCACUAGGCCAGCAUGGCCCACCCCGCGGGGCAGCCGGUCGCUGUAGGAGGAGAGCGAAGGUACCGGCUGCUGCCUCCAGCCCCAGCACUCCUGUGAACCCCCGGAGCAAUCCCCACUCUUGGUGCACACAUCGGAUCAGCACGACCACAGCAGUUAGAAAUGUGCUUCCUGGACGAGCACCCUCCUAAUAGAGGGCGAGGAGAGGGGGUGCUCUCCACUCCGUUCAGACUCAUCUCACCACUCGCCCAAAGAGUGUAUAUUUUCUUUGGGUGGGGGGGGAACUUUAAACCAUUGCUGCUUCUUGGAUUCCCGUGAUCCAGCCGGUGCCACACAUACGAGCACAGCCAGCCUUGGAGGCUUCCAGGGGCCCUGUGGGGUGGCAGAGGUGGACAGCACUCCUCCCAGGGACACGGCUGAAUGUGCAACCGCUCCUCUGAAUGUCACUGUAGCCAAACUCUUUACCAAGCCUAUUGUGCACUGUUAAAGACUCUGAGGCCACUGUAUGGUUCUCAAUGGUGUCUAAUUGAUGCCUUAAAAUACACAAACAAAAGAAGCCCAGCUAAGGGACAGGGCCUGGAGGAGGUGAGGUUUGGGGACAAAACUGGAUGCAGCAUCCUGAGCCCUCCAGCGUUUCCAUACUGUCACUGAGAUCCCAGCUGGCCAUUGCUCUGGGGAGCCCCCAGCCAGGCGGAUGGGUUGAAUGACCUUGUCUGCACCCGUGCCAUCGCUGUCCCGGGUUCAAGUGACUGUGCGGCUGCCUGCUCUCCGCACGCGGUCCUGGUUCACAGUUUGGCUGGGAACGGAUCAGCCUGUUUGCUCUUCCCCUCUCUGCAAAGCAGAUUCUGGGUUUAUGGAAAGGUAUCGGUUCUUAAAGAAGAACAGUCCAGCCUUCUAAAUGAGGAGGAUUGCCUGGCAUUACUUUUUUGGGUGUUAAUUUUCUGCCGUUUUUUUUUAUUUGAAUGCUAAUAUUUUAAUUUUUAAUGACUUCAUAUCCCUUUAUUUUUUACACUCUCUUGGUAUUCCCCAACCCAUCUGCUUUUAAAGGCCGCAGAAGGGAUGCAAUUACUUUUCUCAUUUGUUGAUGAGAUGAUGACUGUGUCCUGGAAGAUGUUCUCUAUAGAUAUGUGGGGGUGUGUGCGUGUGUGAGAUACACUGUAUGUGCAGUGAAAACAGCAUGGAAGGGACCAUUUGCAAUUAGCGACUCCCUGGCAAUUAAGCAACCACUUGAAUUAACUAAAGGUUGAAUAAAUUAGUACUGUAAGUCACAGGCCUGUCCUAGACCCACCUGUGCCAUGGAACCUCUUGGAUGAUGUUUUCAGUGCGUAUGCUGUAGGGUGUGUGUAUGAGCCUUGAACUGAGACAUAUUAUCAGGUGUUCUCCACAUUAUAGAGGAAUGACUCAACCACUGGUACCUCAAUAGUGUUCAAAUGUAGCAUUGGAAAUAUGGUCUAACUGUUUGUUUUGAACUAAUUCCUUUUUCCCCCUGCUCCUGCUCGUUUCUCAUUUACAGAGUUCGGAUUUCACUUGUGAUGGUAUUUGUUGGCCUACAUUUUCGAGUGGUUAGGGAUUUCUUUUCUCUUUUUUCCUUUGGGGUGAAAGGAGAGUUUGAGACAAGACAGGGGCUCCCCAACUUAAGACAGUUUUUAUGGUGAUCUGAUUUCUCCUGGAUAGGUGCCUGCAUGUUUUACAAGCCCAUUUACAGUGCCUAAUGUUGGACACCUGAAAUUACCAGCAGCUUCUGAAAAUCUGGGCUGCUUCUCCCCCCAGCCUCUCCCCAAGGACAGUCUGGGCUUCUCAGGCUGAGGCGGCCUUUUUGGCUUUUCGAACAGACUCUAAAUCUGCUUUUUGUUCCCCUCUCACUUGCCAAGCCUCUGCCCCAGCCUGUCACCGCUCAGCAGCUCUCCCAUUCCUCCACUGCAGAGGAUCCUGCAAAUAUUCAGGCUCUGCUCGUGCAGGUGCCUCUCAGUCAACGUGGCAGUAGGGCUGCCGUAAGUAGGUCACAGGAACGUGCUUUGUUUGAAGAAACGAUGAAAUUGGUGAAAUCUGCUCUGUUGCAUGCGUGUGCCUACGCACCAGCGAGGUCUCGAUCCUUCCCAUCCCAUUCCUAUAAGCAACAUCAGGAUUUUAGUCUUUUGCUGGACUCGCAUUGUCCAGCGUGUUCAAGGUGCCCCUGGCUCCAGGGUCCUCUUUGGUGGAGGAUCCGCCUAAAAGCCCCACGAAAGGCCGUGUCAGAAGUGAAAGGUGCUGGUGCUGCCGAGGCCUCCGCGUGAGGAAGGGUGGAAGGAGAGCAGAGCCCAGCCAGCCUGCUGAAGGGAGACAAGGACGGGCAGGGCUGGGCCGGAGGGGAACUGCUGAAGGGAGAAAUAGGGCUGAUUUCAAACAAGGAAUGAGUUGUGACAGCAGUGGCUCAGCACUGGUCCAACUGUGGCCGCUGUAGCGUGAAGGGGGGCUGCUGCCUUAGGGGGGUGGCAGGCAAAACCAGAAGGGAAGCGAGCAGUGUAGCAGGCCAAGGAGAAUUUUUGUGCCAUGUGCCCUUGGCCCCAGUUGUAAUCUUUAGCAAUUUAUACUACAAAUGGUGUGCAAUGCUGUCCUGCCUCUUGAGGAUCAGGGAAACGGGCAGUGUGACUCCUGUCACCCACCGGCUGGGUCCUGAGCAAUAUCACCACUGAGCCUGUCCUGCAGAAACCUGGGGAGGAGGGAGCCUUUUGGGUCUCCGAUGUACUAACUAUGCAGGUGCUCACUGCUUUCCUGUAAAAGAGAAAGAAGGAAGGAAAGGGCAAAAUAGCUCCCCAGCAGCUUGCGGGGGUCCAGAGCACCCCGACCCACACUGUGUGGACACGAGGUGUCAGCAUCUGCCCUGGGAGAUCCCAGGGUGGAAUUGCUUCUGGUGCUGCACGUCCCUCGCUGAGGAGGAGGCCUCGGGGAGGGGAACGUGCGUCUGUGUCUGUCUGUCUGUGCGUAGUACCCUAUCUGAGGGGAGGAGAACUGUCAACUCUGUGUGGCUUCUCUGCCAGUUUUAGUUAGUGGUGUCUCACCCAAAAUGUUAUUUGUGCGAUUUCCCAUGUGAGCUUUUCCCAGCGGAGGAGCACUCCUGAGCGGGUGGCUCCAGGCUGCGUGUGUUGAUGUGUUUUGCCCAGGGACCCCGCUGUCGGUCUGCAGUGAGACGGCGAGGCCAGGCAGGAGCCCUUGCCCCGAUGCGGGGGGAGAGGCUCACUUGGCCUUCCUGGCAGGCAGACCUGGUCUACUUCCAUGUCAAACCGUCGUCACUUUGAUUUCUCUGUAAGUUAUCUGACUUAUUUAUGUGGAACUCUGUUUCUCUGAAUUUUUUGCACUACAUGGGAUUGGGGAGGGGAUACAAGCAAUAGAAGCCAACAUGUACAAUAAAGACGUUUUCUUGAA